GCAGCCAAAAGCCUGCAAUCCUGCACAAAAAAAAAAGUGCACUUGUUGCAGGUUUGGGGUCCUUCCUCCUUCAUAGCCACCCACUUCACUGUCUCCUGAGCAGUGAGUACAACGUGAUGUCCGCGUGCUGGAGGGCUGAGCCCGCCGACCGCCCGACGUUCUUGCAGCUCAAGGUCCACCUGGAGAAGCUGCUGGAAGACCUGCCCGGCACAGGGGAGUCCAGGGACGUCCUCUACAUCAACACGAACCCGCUGGAGGAGAGCCCGGACUCCACGCAGGACUCGGGCUUCCCCCAAGCGGACUCUGACAUGGAGGCUGCGGAGCCCCGGUGCUCCCAGCUGGAGACGGCGCUGGUGGCCGUGGAUGUCCACAGCGAUGAACAGUGYGGGGCCAGGUAUGUCCUCAAGGGCGCCGGCGAGGAGGAGCCCUACGUGCCGCUGCUGCCCGAGGCCGGCGCCUGCCCGGGGGAUGCCCCAGUUGCCCCAGUGCCGCUCUGA